CCUCCUUCCCCGAGUUGAAAAUGGAGUUCGAUUAAAGCAGAUGUCCACCAACUUUUCCUGGGAAUUUCAUACCUUCAUGUUUCUUUUCUCCCUAUGUUUGCAUACUGAAACAGUCAGUAUCCUUACUUUUUUUUAUGGGCUUCGGAUGCCUUUACUGCAGAAUUCUCGGACACGUUGACGGGGAGCCGAAGCUGCACGGCGCUUUUAAAGUGUCGUCCUGGAGCUGAAGUUGGACGAAUGGAUGCUCGACGUAAAUGACCUGCUAAAACGUUAAAGUCUACGGCGACUUCAGCUUUUUUUUCUUUUUGAGGAUCUAUAAACAUUUUUUUUUUGCAUAGCGGGGAAUCUGUUGUGUGUUCGCUAAAGGAGAAUGGUGCCGCUGGCUCAUUUGUUAUGGUCGGGUUUUACUUCCAGGGAGGAUAAAAUGAAUCAACGGCUGUCAUUCCUCCUCGCUGCUCUACACUAGUCCCUGCCAACAGAGCUAAGCUAGCUUUCACUCGGCGUUCGCGGGGACGCUCGGUUAGGCAUGCCCCCUCUUUGUACAUUGUUUUCCCGUCAUCCUUAAUAGGGGGGUUCUUCGUUUUAUGAAGGAAAAUGGUGAUUUUUGUGGUAUUUUAUCCCGCCGUCACUGCGCCGUCGAUGCUAUUGCUAGGAUUUGGAUCCUCGUGAGGAAAAAUGAGUGAAGAUUCAACAAAUCCAAACAACGAUGACAGUUAUGCGCGUGUGAGAGCAGUGGUCAUGACUCGGGAUGACUCCAGCGGUGGGUGGCUUCCCUUGGCCGGCGGAGGACUUAGCUAUGUCACCGUCUAUAAGCUCAGCCGGGCAGAAGACAACAACAGCACCCACAGUGGGAGUAGCGGAGGAAGUGGCAGCAACCUAAGCCCCUGUAGUCCCAGUCCGAGUCCCACUGCUGUGGAGUUCCACAUUAGAGGCGAAAGACUCAAAGAUAAACUGGUGGUUCUGGAAUGUGUUCUGCAGAGAGACUUGGUUUACAAUAAGGUCACCCCCAUCUUCCACCACUGGAGAAUCAAGGACAAGAAGUUUGGGCUGACAUUCCAGAGCCCCGCUGAUGCUCGGGCCUUUGACAGGGGAGUACGCCGGGCCAUCGAGGACAUUAAACAAGUGUGUAGUCCAUUUGGUGAAGGGGACACUCCUGAGGAUGGACUACCGGUGUGUGAUGAUCCUCCCUCAAUCUGUACCCCAAUCAAAGAGCCUUUCUCUCCUCUAAGAGACGUCGUCUCCACCGAGCCAUUCAGGAGUUGCUACGUUCCCCCGCAGCCAUUUGAUGACAACCGCCGAUACCUGCCCCCCCAGUCGCCUCGUCGGGUCAGUUUCCAGGUGGACGAAGAGAAGAUUGUCCGCAUCAACCCACGUAAGGAUGUUCUCAUCAGAGGCUAUGAGGACUACCGCCACCCUUUCAUGAGCCCACAUGAUGCCGAUCGGGACGACGUGGACUUCCCCACCUCUGUUCACAAGAAGUGCGAGUAUUUUUUCGACGGCCCUGGCAGUGACUGCCUCUCUGGCCCCGGCAUGGGCAUCGGAACAGGUCUUGGCUUGGGGCUGGGCAAAGACUCCGCAAUUAAGACUCAGCCGUCGCCCCUCACCAAGCCAAAGGGCCGCCGGCGACGAGAGGACGGCGAGCGCUCGCGCUGCAUCUACUGUCGAGAGAUGUUCAACCACGAAGACAACUGGCGGGGGCAGUGUCAGGACGCCCCGGACCCAAUCAAGCAGUGCAUAUACAAAGUCAGCUGCAUGCUGUGCGCCGAGAGCAUGCUGUACCACUGCAUGUCCGACUCGGAAGGGGACUUCUCAGACCCCUGCUCAUGUGACACAUCCGACGAGCAGUUCUGCCUGCGCUGGCUGGCCUUGUUGGCGCUCUCCUUCAUUGCGCCCUGCAUGUGCUGCUACCUGCCUCUGCGCGCCUGCCACCACUGCGGCGAGGCCUGCCACUGCUGCGGAGGGAAGCACAAGGCCGCCGGGUGAGCCUGCCCCCGCCUCUGCAACAGACUCUGGGACACCCUCCAAACUAGCUUAAAAAAGGCAGUGGAUACAAGCGGAAAAUUACUAGCCGGCAUCCUUUUUUCAUUCCUCUCUCAGAAGGGGGCGAUGCAUUGUUGACCCCACCCCCCCAAGCUCUGAGGGCUUUUGGAGUUUUCAGUUAGUGUUUGUCGCCGACAAGCAGCGGUGGAGGAUAAACCAUGAUGCUUUGUGGGAGUUCUGAGCAACAAGUUGGGUACAGGAGCUUAAAGCUGAGGCAGAGAGAAGGAGAAGACCUCAUGAUUAACAGACUUUGAUGUUAAUACACACACACAGCUCUUUCAUAUUCACAACAUAAAUUGACAGUUGGGCCACAACAUGUAACUAUGAAGGAGAAAAAUGUAUUUUGUACAGAUGGCAACAACUUCAACUGUUUUACGUGGAGGACAAAAUAAGACGUACUUGCUGUUUUCAGUAUGCUAAAAGGGAUGUGUUGUUGCUUUUUGUGGAUUUGCAGUCGGGUAACAGUGGCCUUUCCUUCAUGGUUCAAGGAUUCAAAGACAAUGUAAUUACUAGCCAGCAAAAAAAGAAAAAAAAGAAGAAAAAAAAAAUGCACUAAAUAGUAUUUAUCCCCUAAAAGUAAAGGUGAGAAAAUCUUGUGGCAUGUCCAUGUUUAGGUGUAACUUUUCAGAGUUUUACGGCCACAAAUCAGUCAAAGCUUUCAUUGUGUUUUGGUACGAGGUGUCCUGACCUGAGAUUAUUUAUAUGAUAUGAUUGCAUUCCGUAUUCGAGCGAUUGUUUCCACGAUGUGAAGGGGUGAAAUGGUACCAAUCUACCAUGUUUAGGUCCCUUAAACAGCUUUUUCUUUCCCAGCCAUCCAGUUAGAAUCUACUCCAGAUACAUGUUUUACCUCUUGUAUUUACAGCUGUAAAGAUUUGUUUUUUGUUUUAUUUUCGCAUCUUUUCUUCCUGCUCACAUUAGAUUUAAAUUAAAGGUUGAAAUGUUGCUCAACCAGCAAGUUUUGACUUUGGUGAAUAAAAGGAGUCAGCGCUCCUUCAUUCAAUUAUGAGGCACUUAAACUGAGGAUAUUUUAUUAGAUGUUAGAUUUAGGCAACAUGUUAGUUAAGCACUCGGAUUGGACUGGGCGAAGCCCUCCUUAAAGCACCGCUCUCCAAACAUUUGGUUGCAGCACCGGCUCCACAUUUUUGUUUGUCCGUUCAAUCUAUUUUUGUUCUUCUGUCUGUCUUGCCUUUGAGUGUAAAGCACGUUUGUCUGCUCGAGUUCAAAAGCAAACUAAAAAAUGAGAAAGGGAUGGAACAGACACCAUCUCAGUUCCACAGUAGAAAUGAGAGCAGCUGGAGGCCGCUUCCUGCUUCUGUCCACAAUCUAGAAAACUUUUUUUAUCCAUUAACAAGGAAACAAAACAAACUACAAUAAUCUGGUUAUAUUAUUUAAAAAGUGAUUGCUAUUCUGCUUAAAUAACUGACUGUAAUAAUACGGUUAUAAAUACUCAUUUAUGUGAAUUCCUAAUUUUCGCCUUAAAGGGAAAAAAGUAUUUUUGCCUUAUUUGAAAAAAAAAAAACUACGGUACAGUUUUGUUUCUACACAAAUAAACAAAUAAAGCUGCAUACGAGUUCAUUUAGGAUGUGCUAUUAGGUAGAUUUGGUUAUAGGUGGACAGAAUCAGGUUGUUUUUGUUUUGUUUUUUCAUUCCCUUGGCCUUUUUGAUCAAGCUGGCCGCAGCCUUACAGACUACAGAUGACCCAGACCAGAAAAGGAAGCAGGUAGCUAUUAAAAUAUUCCUAUGGGGUGCUCUUGGUAAGCGCCUUAUGACAACGGAACCUUGUUUUCCAUCCAGAAUGGGAAGAAUUGAAUGGGUUAAAACAGCUUGGAUGUUUAUGUCUCCUUGAUUUUAAAUGUCUCACGCUAAUAUUCUUAAUCCGAAAACAGGGUUUGAUACAUCCAGCUGCAGCUAAAGAUGCUGCUGGUCCAAAACCUGACUCUCCCCGUUUCCAAGCCAACCAAUGGUCCCUUUUCUUUCUAUGCAAACAUUGUGGAGGGGAACACGCUGUCCUCUCAGCAGACUUGAGUCAGAGACGGGACGGAACCAGGGGACCCUUAAAAGCUACAUUCUCCUGGUUCCAAACUAAACACGUGUAAAUACUUAACACUAUAUUUAAGGACUGACAAUAAUCCCUCGUUUUAUUUUGGAGUUUCUAAAGAUAGAGUUGUAUUUAUGGUUGCUGUCAGCCUAUACUGUAGCUUCUACUGACAGCAGUCUGUACAUAGAUCACCUUUUAGUAUUAUUUCACAUUAAAAAGUAGAGGGCUUUGUGAUGGAUAUGACUAUUGAACUUCUAAUAGAGUCCCUCUCUAGUUUUGUACGAUAGAAAGAAGGCUAAUGCUAACAUGGUACAGUAGUGGGGGUCCACUUGUUUUUGAAGUUUUCUUUAUAAAUAUAUAAAUAUUCGUAUAAGCUGCUAGAUACAAUCACUAAUUUUAUUGCGUUGACAGAGGAAUCAGCUAUGAACGACUGUUAAGAUUAACUCUCCAACAGCAUAAACAGCCGUGUUUUUUUUAUUUUUAAUUUUUGUUCUAUGUCUGAUUGCUCUGUGUGGGGAGUGCGAGUAUCACCUGUAUAUGUGCGUCCGUGUGUGUGUGUAUGUGUGUGCUCAGGUUCCUGGUUGUGUGGUGUUUGUGUGCAGAGGAGGUUGGUGUGUUAACCAAACGAUUGGUUGCUUGUCAUUAUUCCCCCCCCCCGCCCCCAUCGUAAUUUGGUCGCCAUGCAUUACGGAGGUUUGAUGCACCUGAUUAAAACUUGCUGGCUGAGAAGCAAAAUAAAUUUAUU